AUGGCGGACGAGGCGAUUCACAACCACCCUAAUGCCGAACAGCAGGAGGUGGGCGCGAUUCAAGCACUGGAGCAGAGGAUCGAAAGGAUGGAGCGAACUCUCGAGCGGAGGUUUGAGCAAAGACUGGACCAGAGGUUCGAGGAGCUACGUACCAUGCUUGGUGCUCUAAACUUGCGUGCUGACCAGAAUGCGGUAGACGGCGGUCAGGCACAGCGAGUUUUUUCUCGUGAGCCACCCGUUGUUCAACGUGUUCCCCGUAGGAUCCAAUAUUAUGAAGAUUCAGAUGAGCAGAGUGGAGUUGCAUACGAUCGAUUUGUUCAUCCACAAAGGAAUCAAAGAAAUCGCCAAGAUGCUGGAGACUUUCGUUUGAAGGCCGAUAUUCCCGUUUUCAACGGAUGCUUAAACAUCGAGGAAUUCUUGGAUUGGCUUUCAGAAGUCGACCGGUUCGUCGAAUACGCGGAGCUUCCCGAGGAGAAGCGCGUGAAGCUGGUGGCAUACCGAUUGAAGGGAGGAGCAUCUGCUUGGUGGGAUCGUGUGCAAGAGAACCGAGGACGUGUAGGGAAGCAGCCCAUCCAAACAUGGGAACGCAUGAGGCGAAUGUUGAGGGCUAGAUUUCUUCCUCCAGAUUAUGAGCAAUAUUUGUUCAUGAAAUACCAGAGGUGUGUGCAAGGGUCGAGGUCCGUCCAUGAUUACACAGCGGAAUUCCUAAGGUUGGCGGAGCGUAAUGCACUAAAUGAGUCAGAGAGCCAACAAGUUGCCCGGUAUAUGGAAGGUUUAAAGCCAACUAUUCGGGACAAGAUUGGCGUGCAGAUGGUAGCAACGGUGGAUGAUGCUCGAAGCUUAGCUCUCAAGGCUGAGAUGAUGACGCAAGACAGGGGAAAUUCAUACCGCAGGAAUUAUGCAGAAUCAUCACAAGCCUCUGCAGAAAGAAGCCAAGCUACUAAACAACAAGGAUUAAACAAGCAAGGUCAAGGAAAUUUCGAUAAAUCAGCUGGCAAAAAGUUGGUCACCGAGACUGGAGCUUCAAGGAACCAAAAUUCUCUUGCCAAGCAAUUCACAGCAAAGUGCUUCAAGUGCAACCAGCCGGAGAAAGAGGAAGAUGAAGAAUACAGCGGUGAUGAUGAUUAUGAGCAGACAUACAUGGCUCGGAAGUUGAUGCUCGCACCUAAGCAAGAAGACCAAUCCCAGAGAAACAAGCUAUUUCGCACUAGGUGCAACAUUCAUUCACGCACUUUCAACUUGAUUAUUGACAGCGGAAGUCAAGAGAAUAUUAUAGGAAGAGCUGUGGUCGAGAAGCUAGAGUUGCCAGUUGAGAAGCACCCAAAUCCUUAUUCGAUUGGCUGGAUAAAGUCAGUGGGUGAUAUCCGAGUGACCGAACGAUGCAAGGUUCCUUUCUCCAUUGGCAAAUAUCGAGAUGAGGUGUACUGUGACGUUGUGGAUAUGGAAGCUUGCCACCUAUUAUUUGGGAGACCUUGGCAGUAUGACACUGAUGCAAAACACCAUGGCAAAGAGAAUGUGUAUCGGCUCGUAAAGGAAGGGGUACGCUACACCCUAGUACCCUUAUCAGAGAAACCUAAGCCCAAAGCUGUCCCGAAAGUGGAGGGUAAAGCGUUUUUGAUAGAGACUCAUUCGGAGCGGGAGAUUGAAGCUGAUUUUAAAGAGUCAAAGGAAUUGCAUGUGCUGAUUGUGAAGGAUUUACCAUUGCAGAAGCAAAUCGUGGAGGUGCCAGAGGAAGUGAAGCCCGUACUUGCAGAAUUUGAAGAGAUCAUUCCUGAGGAGUUGCCAGAUGAGUUGCCUCCAAUGAGAGAUAUUUAG